AUGAAUCUUUAUGAAAGCGAUUAUUGGAAAUUAACGGUCUUCUUACAGAAACAUACUGGCCUUUGGCUUUUCCAAAACAAACCAUGGAAAAAUUAUAUAGCGUGGAUUUACGUGUAUAGUUUUACAAUUUCAUUUAUGGUGUCAAUGGGUAUACGAUGGUACAACGAACUUGGCGUUAAUAUAGACAUUGUAAUAGAAAAUGCUAUUGGAGAAAUAUAUUUGUCCGUUGUAUUUUUCAAACUUACUAACAAUAUUCUGUACCGAAAUAAACUCAUACGUCUCUAUGAAAAAAUAGCUUAUGAUUGGAAAAUUAUAAAAGAUAUAGGAGAACUAAAAGUACUGCACCGCUACACAGAGAUCGGUAGUAAAAUUGUUCGUUUGUAUUCAGGUUACAUGAUCAUUGGAGUGGCGGUAUUUUUGUCAAUGCCUAUAUUUUCUCCAGUUUUGGAUUAUAUAAUUCCUCUAGAAAAUGGAACUCGACCAAAGGCACUGCCUUACUACGCUGAAUAUGGUAUCGACAUAGAAAAACAUUACUAUCCCAUGAUCGCUCAAGCCGUAUUUGGUGGAGUGGGAACUAUAUCAGUUCUUGUGACCUUUGAUCUUGGCUUCAUGUUGAUUGUUCAACACGUCGUAGCAUUGUUUAAAAUUGUGAAUUUCCGUUUAUCCAAAGCUGCCCAGAUAGCUGCUACUAUAAAUAUUGGUAGUGAUAAUAUUGCAAUGAAGGAUUGCGCUGCCCGUCGCUACGUUGUGCAAGCAAUCGAGAUACACCAAACAGCGAUAAAUUACGUUGAUAUCGUUGAAAAUUGUUACAAUAUAGCGUGGCUUAUUAUACUUGUCUCCAAUAUGAUAAUGGUUGGAGGUGGAAUGUCAAUAUUACUCAUGAAGUUAAGCAGACCUGAAGAGUCCUUGAGGUACGCAGUAGUUGUGUGUGCAACUUUUAUACACUUUUAUUACAUAUUUCUUCCCGGACAAAAACUCAUAAAUUCCAGUAGGGAUAUAUUUGAUCAGUGUUACGCGUGUAAUUGGUUCAACUUAUCACAAAAAUCUAAACGCUUAAUCCAGAUUAUGAUGAUUAGAAGUCUUAAACCUUCUGAAUUAACUGGUGGUAAAAUGUUUAUAUUAUGUAUGGAUACUUAUUGCAAUAUGAUGAAAACAGGCUUUUCCAUAUUUACAGUUUUUAAUUCUUAAGAGAAGAAAAAAGUACUACAAUAAUCAUCAAAUGAUGCCUCGUGCUUUUUCAUUACUGUAUUGUAGUGAAUUGUAAUUAAUUUUCGUAAUCAUUUUGUAGGUAACCAUAAAAACACUUUUUACAAAAGUAAAAGGUUGCAUGAA